UCUGUGUCCUUCGGAGGGAAACUGCUGAACUUCAAGAAGAGAUGAAGAGACAGAAGUUAUCUGAAGGGCAGCGCACAUGGAUACCUGGUCUGACGGUGGCUGAAUCGGAGGAUCCCGAGGCUCUGGACAGACACCUGAAGCAUCUUGAAUCCCAGAGAGCUGCUCUGCUGGACUGGAAGAGUCACUGCGUCUCUCUGGAGAUCAAAGCCGAGCUGGACGCGAAGCUGCAGGCCGCCGAGGACCACAAAGAUCAGCUGAGCAGCAAGAACAGACGGCUAAAAGACCUAUACAAGCUUCUGAGUUUAUUGUCCGACCGUCUGUCCAGCAGGGAGCACGGCAAGCAGCUGGUUCCUCUGGAGGAAUUCUUGGAGUCCACCGUGGAGAACUUCAGACAGACAAGCGGGAUGGACGAUGACGCCCGCAACAUCGACGCCAAACUGUUUGAGCACGAAGAGCCGACUGGAGUCGACGAGUCCAAACUCCUGGAAGAUUACCUGGACGGGUUUAUCGAGCUCUUUGAUUCGGCUCAGUAUGAAGAAGCUGCUCUGCUCGCUGCCAGAUCUCCUCGAGGAGUCCUGAGGAACCUCGACACCAUGGAGAUGUUUAAAGAGACAAAAUGGCUUCUAUGUCAGAGGAGGAUUUCUGCUGUUUGGUCUGUCAUGAAGUCUUUAGAGAUCCUGUUCUUCUGUCAUGUAGCCACAGCUUCUGUAAAGACUGUCUGAAGAGCUGGUGGAGAGAGAAAACAACACAGGAGUGUCCAGUUUGUAAGAGAAGAUCUUCAAAGUCACGUCCACCUUGUAACCUGGAGUUAAAGAAGCUGUGUGAGAGUUUCUUACAGCAGAGAGAUCAGAGAGCUUCAGAGGCUCUCUGCAGUCUGCACUCUGAGAAACUCAAACUCUUCUGUCUGGACCAUCAGCAGCCGGUGUGUGUCGUCUGCAGAGAUUCAGAAAAACACACCAACCACAGAUUCAGACCCAUCGAUGAAGCUGCACGACAACACAAGAAGGAACUCCAGGAAACUCUGGAGCCAUUAAAGGAGAAGUUAGAGGUUUUUGAACGAGUUAAAGUGAAGUUUGAUCAAACAGCAAAACACCUGAAGGUCCAGGCCCGUUGCACAGAGACGCAGAUUAAGGAUCAGUUUAAGAAGCUUCAUCAGUUUCUAGAAGAGGAAGAGGAGGCCAGGUUGGCUGCACUGAGGGAGGAAGAGGAGCAGAAGAGUCAGAGGAUGAAGGAGAAGAU